AUGAAUGUAGUAACCCAACCUCAGUGGUUUCUCAUCCGUGAAAUGAGUGCUGAAAACAGAAAGGUUUUGAACCUCAGACCCACCACAAAAGAGUGGCUUUGUGUUCGGGAGCUGAGAACCCAUCUCUGCCAUUUUGUAAAUUGGUUCCUUUUCUACAAGGACAGACUAGCCACACCAUCCCAAAACAGCAGUGCAUAUUAUCUAAAUGCCAGCAUACCUUCCCUUCCUGCUUGUGGAUUCUCAGAGCUUCUCUCACCCAACAGUGAGCUACUUACAACCAUCAGCAAGGACAAUUUCAGGAUGGUGCUGAUCUCCCAUGGGCGGGUGCAGCGGCGCUUCGGCCUCAGGCCCCGCUCGCGCCUCGACCUGCUGCGGAACCUCGUCACAGGCCUAGUGCAGCACGAGCGGAUAGAGGCGCCCCGCGCUGGCGUAGACGAGAUGCACUUCUACACCGAGCACUUGAUUGACUACGCCAAGCGCGGCGACAGCGACCCCAAAGCCAUGCGCAUGGCCGACUUCUGGCUGACGGCUCACACGGGGCACUACACGCGCACGCAGCAGAUUCCCAACCGGGAGAACCUGGACCGGGCUAAGAUGGCUGUGAUCGAAUACAAGGGGAACCCACUGCCCCCGCUACCCCUUCCACACCGGGACAGCGAGAAGACCCUGGUGAACCAGCUGCUGAAGGGCUACCGGGAGGACGUGCUCAGCGCCAGAGAAGCCCAGCAGGGCCCCCCCAUGGGCACGGCUGUGUAG